ACUUUGGAUCCGUCGCGGCGAUUACCCCGAUUCCCAAAUCAAUCCGAAGAUAAAGCUCUAGUUUCUUCUUCUCACAGUUGCGCAAAAGUGUGGUCGGGGAGAGAAAUUGAAAGAUAGGAAGAGGGGAACACCAUGGAUGCGACUAAAGCGCCUCCUUUUUCGGAGAAGGAGAAGGCUUUACCGGUCGAAGCCCUUGGAUUCGGUGAGAAGUCCAGAGGGAGAAGAGGAGAGGUCGACACUUCAGCUCCUUUCGGAUCGGUUAAGGAAGCUGUAGAGCGAUUCGGAGGGAGCGCCGUCUGGAAUUCCCAGCUCAAGAUGCUCUUUUUGCCCGAAAAACGUCAUCGUUUUGAGGAGUUUAAGGUUCUGAAUGUGGAAAAGCAGGCUGACCAAUCUGAAAAAGGUCUCUUUGUAAGAGAACUGGAAGUUCCCAAAAGAAUCAUCCAUGACUUUGAAUAUCAAUUACAGAAAGAAGAAACCUCUGAAGUCAAUAAGAUCUCCAUGGCACCUUCAAGUAGUCAAAAUUUUCAUCCUUUCUCGAAAAAGGAAAAAGAUAAUCUUUCUACAGUUGCAAUGAAUGCAGGCACAGUUACAGGGCAAUCUUCAGGUUAUAUUUUAGAUGAGCUAGAGCUGGCGAAGAUGAAUCUGAGCAGAACUACUUGUGAUCUGACAAAAAUCCGAGCUUUCAUCGAAGCACUCUACAAUGAAAUAGACAGCGAGAGAACAAUCCAAGAAAAAACGCCUGAAAAACUUUCUUCGCUCGGAACUAUCGUUUCUUUCCUCGAAGAAGAUCUGAAGAAAACAACAUUGCAGCUACAGAUCAAAAAUGAUAACUUGAACAGGAAUUCUGCUGAUAUCUCUCGAGAGAUCGAGCAACUGAGAUCGCAAACGGAACAGUUCAGGCAAACAGCAACAGCUGCGAAAUCCGAAGCAUCAAAUUUAACUUCUGAGAUCGAGAUGAUGCAAGCUGGUAUCAAGACUGCUGAAAUCCGGAAACUUGCCGCUAAGAAGAUGGAAGAAGCGGCUAAAGCCGCAGAAGCUGUCGCAGUUGCUAGGAUUAAGGAUAUAAUGAAUGGCAAGAGCUCCAAAAUAGCGCCUGAAGAGCAUUAUGGUUCAUCCAGGAAGAAAAUCGAAGCUUUUUCUUCCAUGGCGGAUGUAGAAACACCAAACCUGCCUAAGCUGGAACUGCUAACAAAAGUGAAGGAAGCUGCAGCAGAAGUGAACACCAGCAGGAAAGCGUUGGAAGAAGCAUUAACCCGUUUAGAAGCUGUGAACAGUGGGAAGAUUCACUCCAGUUCUAUUAACUUAAUGGACUGCUCGUACUCCAAGAUGAUCGAAUUUAAUGGCUUCGACUUAGCUAAUCAUACAACUUCAAAGAGUAGAUUUAAGCACGCGCCAUCUAUAGGAGAAAUACUUAGUAAAAAAAUAAUGGGCUUGGAAGAAAUAUGUGUAAGUCCAGAUGAGAAAGACAAAGCUAAGGUUUCUCUGGGCCAAAUACUGAACAGAAAGCCGGGACUUCUGCCUCCUCUUCUUAUUGCUGGAUUUGCUCGCAAGCAGCAGCCUUCAAAGAGAAAGGGAAAGAAAUCUGGGUUUGGGGGUUACUUAAUACUUAAUAAUGGGUUGAAACAAAGCAUAAAAAAUUAAAUUUGGGAUUUUUGGAGCCUUUCAUGGCUCCUUAAAAGAGUUGAGCACCAUAGAAAAAAGUGCAGCUGGGGUGAAGAGAAGGGAACGCCCUUUUCCAGGUUAUCGAAAACAAGUUUCUGUAGCAUAUUCUUUGAUGUAUGUUAUUGUUAGUUAUAAUGGUUCAAGUUCUAGCUUGUAAUUGAAUAAGUUUACCUUGUAUAUUUGGUGUAUGGCCGGUUAUAUUACUUUUGUAUUUAUAUGUUA